AUGGUGCCCAUGCGUCACAGACGCAAUCCUAUGCGGCAGUACCUGUCCAACAAGCCCAACAAAUGGGGCACCAAGUUCUACAUGACUUGCUGUGCAGAGACAGCAUACUGUUCGAGCUCGUUUCAGCAGUUUAAAAGCGAGAACAUGUCGUUCAACUCGUUUUUUAGUGAGGCAGCUGAGUGUAUAGCUGAGUUGAUUCCCGUGGAAAACGCUGAUUUGGACUUCCACAACUUGAUCGUAACUGGUGAAGAUGAUGACGAAUCCACAGCAAGUGUUGCGAUGUCUCCAAAAGCAUCUACAGCCUACAACAAACUUAAUCGUUUUAACGAGGAACCCGAGUUUCGACAACUGCGACUUUCGAAGCGCACUACCCACCACACUGAACUUUUGUCCUCCAACAAGCAGCUAACUUGCAUUGUUUGCUGCCAGUUGAAUCAUGACGAGGAAAACAUGCCUCACUCUCGUAAAGGCUUGAAGACCAGAUACUUCUGUACUAUUUGCAACAUGCCACUGUGCAAGGCUUCGCGAUGGGAAGACGGAAAAUCGUGCUUUGAUCGAUUUCAUCUUCUGCGUCACGUGCUGAAGCCGUGCCAACCGUCAUCAUCACAGCGACCAAAGAAGAUUCGUCCGCCACCCCCCUCCCGCAAGCGUUCACGUGACUCAAUCGAGCCAAACGAACGUGCCAUUAUAAGAUUAGUGGCUAGAAAACGGCGCCGCUCUAGUCGUUUGAUGGUACGCGGUGCAUAA